AUGUCGCCCCAUCCCAGCGCCGUACCACUCCUGGCUCCCAAGAACCUGCCCGAGCUGGUCCGGACAGCUUUCAACAGGGCGCGCGCCAGCGGGGACGUCAACUUUUACCCCACCCAAGCCGCCGUCCUCGACUUGAAUUCCGUGCCAUUCCAACUGCGCUUCGCCCCGUCGCUCGCCAACAAGCCCAAGGGCCCCCCUCCUCGUCCUCCACAACACAAUGCACCCCCCUCCCCAGCAAGGCCCUUCGACCCCUUCGACAACCCACCCACACCGCUCCUCGUCACGGGCCUCGGCGCAUCCCACAUCCUCGUGCUGAACAAGUUCGCCGUCGUGCCCGAGCACGCCAUCGUGGCCACGCGCGCGUUCGCCCGCCAGACGCACCUGCUCGCCCCCGCCGACCUGGCCGCCGUGUAUGCGUGCAUCGACGCCUACGACUCCGAGGGCGGGCAGUUGUUUGCGUUCUUCAACUCGGGCACGCACUCGGGCGCCAGCCAGGCGCACAGGCAUAUCCAGCUGCUGCCGGUCGAGCGCAUGCGCGAUGGGCUGCCCGACACACACACUAGCAGCAGCAGCAGCAGCAGCAGCAGCGGUGGCGGCGAUGGAGAGACGGGCGAUACAGAUGCAGCGGUGGAAUGGGCCGACGUGCUAGCCAGCAGCCUGCUCGACGAGACGACACGCGCACGGCUGCCGUUCCAGACCUUUGCGCACCGCAUCCGCAACAGCGGCAGCCCAGCGCCUGACGCCGACGCGCUGCACGCCGCAUACCUCGCACUAUACAAUCAGGCGUGCGCCGCCGUGUCCGCUCACGACCACCACGACAUUGACGGUAUAAUACCAGAAGAAGGAGAAGCAAGGAUCAGCUACAACCUAGCUAUGACACGGGACGUCAUGGUGGUCGUCCCGCGUCUGGCUGAAGGGGGCGAGAUUACUGUCCCUUCGUCGCCAGCAAGUGCUGGUGGUGGUGGUGGUGCAACUCCUCGGAAAACUGUUGGCAAGCUGGCGCUCAACGGCACGGUGCUGGCGGGCACGGCGCUCGUCAAGAGCGCGGCCGAGUGGCAUGCGCUGCGCCAGGACCCGGGACAGGUGCUCGACAUUCUGCGGCGGAUAGGUGUGCCGUGGGGGGAGGACGGGCCUUCGUCGUCGCUGUGA